AUCAAAAAACGUGCGUGCGUAGUUGUGUGCGCAAUGUCAGCUGUGGAUUUCGAAGACUUCAGUCGACGUUCAAGGAAUGGAAAAUCAUUAAAAAUCUCGGAAUUCUAAUGAAAAUCCUGUGUUCAUCUGCUGAUUGUAAUACAAAGUAGACCGAGUGUUUGCGUCAGUUUUCAUUGGCGAAAAGUCAAACAUUUUGCUGCGUAAUUUCACCCGGAGGGCAACCGGCAAAAGAAGGAGAAGAAGGUGAAGAUUGUGCUGCAGAAAUAAAAGUGGAAGUGAAGAUUGGUCAAAUAGUGAGAAGUGAAAAAACAAAAUGUCGAACGUUGGGGACAAAUUUGAGCUUUCCCGGGACGAGUUCCGGAACAUUACACAGUGUUUGGGGAAUGAAGAAUUUCGAAAGUUGUUUGCCGAGUAUUGCCAGGAGCUUAAAGAUCCGGAGAACCGGAAGCAGUACGAAGAAGAGCUCAAGUUGAUGGAAGCUGAGCGGGGAUACGAUGUGAAGUUCAUUAAACCUUUGCCGGGUUAUGUAAUUAAGACCGUGGUUGAUGGAAAGACGAAGGCUUUUGUCAACGUUUGCCACUGCGACCUGGUUGGGAAACCUUCCAGCCAAUGUUCCACAAACAAAAGAGGAGAAAAAGGCCUCAAAUGGAGUAUUCCUUACGCCCAAAGUCAACCGAGGAAAGAUUACGAUAACAAAAAUGUCGAUUGCGUCGUUUACGAUGUCGUUUUUCACUACGAUACGCUGCAUUUGACGAAGAGCAAUAAGAAUUUCCGGAAAUUGGUAACCGACACUGCCCUGGAUGCCGUCGAAGGAGCAUUCCAUGUGUCUUUGGAUAGAGUUAAUCUGAAAUUUCCCAAACUACAGUACAAAGGUGUCGCUAAAAUGACCGUAAUUCGACAAAAAUUGAAAAAUUUCGAAACGCGGCGUAAAGAUGGCCUAAUUGAUACGCUUUAUCGAGCAUCCGAGCAGAGUAAAAUAACUCAUGAUAAUAGCGCUGAUAAGGAAAACGUGAAUAAACAAACAUUCAAGUCCGCAUCUCAAUUAGAAUACACAACUCCAGCCUACAAACUGAUCCACAGAAAGGAAGUAGAGUACCACGAGUUGACCGGAGAAUUAGACGCAAAACUCGAUGCCGCCAUCCCGAAGGAGCUUGUGCUGGUCAUUGAGCUACCCUUGCUUAAGUCGGCCAAUCAAUGCACUCUGAAUGUCACGAGCAGCGAGGUCCAUUUGAUCAGCGACAGUCCGGCGAAGUAUAAGUUGGAAGUUAAGCUACCCUACACAGUGCUCGAAAAAAAUGGAUCUGCUAAGUUCAAUACAGAUGAGACAACAUUGACUGUCUUGUUGCCGGUCGCCAGGAAUCGCCGGACAUUGAAUGAUGUUACUGUUUCCAGCAAUGAUCAAAGCAUGCCUGAUGAAAUGGAUCAGAAACCAGUGGAACGUGUAAAACCGCUCAAAGAACCUCAAUUGGUGCAUAGCAAUGCAAAUAAAAAGAUAAUAUUCCCCAAGUUUUCCGCAAACAAAAUGGACAACAUUUUUGCAUUUACGUUAAACGUUCGUAAUGUCGACCCGUCCAGCAUUGAGCUACAGAAGGGCACCGAUACAGUCAGCUGCAGAUUCACUAAUAUUGGCAACGGAUUUUUCCCCUGCUAUUAUAUAUUCUUUCUUCGAUUUCCUAACGCCAACAUAACUGAGGUUCAACACGAAGAAUGGGAUAAUAACAUAAUUCUACAAGUGGUCCUCGAUCAUGGACUCAUCGAUUGCUAUUACGCCGGCACGAAUGAGAAUGAUUUGGUACAAUAUUCUAUCAUGGAGGAUAUCACUGAUAAAAUCAACAAAUUUGGGAAGGAAAUUGAAGAUGACAGUCUUUGUAUAGCGGUCUCCAAAAAUGCUAUUAAACAAGAGCGCAAAUCAUCCCACCUGAGCAUCGAAAUUAAAACAAAAGAUGAGAUCGAAAGCGAUGAAGGGAUCGAUUCUGCACUAGAAGGAGAACUGAAGACUGAUCAAUCAAUGCAAGAGGAUGAGAACCCGGAUGAAAUAAAUACACGCACAGUUGAGGAUGAUACCAAAGUUGCCAAGGAAAAUGUGAAAAAAGUCGACCAGGAAACAGCUCAUGAAGGAAAGAAGAGUAAAAAGAACCAGCGCAGGAAAAACAAGAAAAGAUCUUUGUCAGAGUCGUGUUGUGAUCACUUGAAGGUUACAAUAAAUAAUGACAACCCCAAGCCUGAAUCUGGAAAUGAAGCGAAUUCAUUUGAAGGCACAGGUAGCAGCCGCGAAGCAACAUCCAAACAGCGAAAAGCACGCAGCGUUUCGGAGUCAUGCCCUGCUAGAGACAACAACGGGGUCGAAUCGGAUUCCGUGGAUAACUUAUCUGCCCUAAUUCAGUUCAACCAUAAGUACAAAGGAAUUCUAAAACGUUCAUCUCUUCAACGGAGUAUCAGCGAAUGCUCGUCCAUCGAUGAACACUAUUAUUUGGGAACCUCUGUCGAUGGAUCAAGCGUCGCGGAAUCAGUUGAUCACACAAACGGAGAAUUAUCUGAAAGCUGUCGCAAGACAGUGCGAUUCAAUGAUGCUAUUAAAACUAAAUUGUUCAGAUCCAACACCAGCAUUCUUGGCCAGAAGAAAAAGAACGCGAAGAAAAACGAGAGCAAACGUCGAGCUCUGACUCGUCGUUUAAGUGAAGGAGAAAGUACUGAUAAUGAGGAUAAGGAUCACCAAACCACUAAUGAAGCACCGGGAUCAGUAGUACAAAGAGACACAGAGCAUGAUAGUGGAAUCUCGCUGGAUUCCGAUGCGGCACACCCAAUCGAAAUUAAUGCAGAUACGGAAGUGCAGAACCAGCAUCAAAACGAUUCGACCAAACCUAUCGAAAUCAAUCGUAAGGUUGAGAAAAAGUUCAUCGCCAGCAAAAACAACAAUUGCAACGUAAAAGCUCAAUUUAUUAAGAGCAAACGCAACGAUUCCAGUGAUAUUGAAUUUAAGAGCGAUAUGAUUUUUGAUAUCGAAAUGUAGCAUGAUUGAUCAUUUUAAACCCAUUUUGAAGUGUAGUUGUUCGACUUUCUUCACUUUCAUUAGGUUCUGAUUAUAUUUAACACUACUCUUGAAGGGUGUGUUUUCUUAGAGUGCAAGUCCUACAUCACAGUUGUUAUAUGUUUGAAUGCAAAAUUCAUCAACAAAAUUAACUAAACUCGAGCACUAGAUCGAAAGAUUCAAAUUUUGUUUGUACCUACUUAGAAAACGCAAAUCAAAACAUUGGAUUGGCUUGAUAGAUAGAGUUUAUCGAAAUACGUUAAAGCUGAAUAAAUCUGAAUGGAAGCAAUUGCCAUAGGAAAAAA